GCAUACUGCUUUUCAUUUGGUAAACAUUCAUCUUCUCUUGCCGGUUACGUAUUUAUUUAUUUCGGAAAAAAUAAAUUUCUUAAUAUUUUGCAUUUCAUUCAACUUUAACUUAAAGAAAUCUCGUGUUUAAGUACACGGUUUAAAAUGUCGCUAAAACUAUUUACUCAUCCACUUUCGCAACCUUGCCGAGCCGUUUUGCUCUACUGUCGUAUGAACUCAAUUCCAAUUCAGGAAGUUUUUGUCGAUCUUGGGAAAGGUGAACAUAAAGGCGAAGACUUUACCAAGAAGGUCAACCCUUUACAGAAAGUCCCAGUACUUCACCACGGCGAUUUUAUUUUGCCAGAAAGUGUCGCCAUUCUUCGCUACUUAUCUCGCUCCUUCCCCUCCGCGGACCACUGGUAUCCAAAAGAGAGCCGGGCUCAGGCCAGGGUCGACUCGUACAUGGCGUGGCAACACUUGAGCACCCGGAACUUUGGGGUCAUGUACUUUCAAACGUUGUCCCUCAUUCCAAAAAUGACGGGAAAACCGGUCGAUGAAAAGAGAGCGAAGGAAGCCAAAGUUGGACUGGAAAACUGCUUAAAUGAUAUCACAAAUUAUUGGCUGGCGAAGGGACGCUUUAUCGCUGGGGACGAGAUCAGUAUCGCUGACUUGUUGGCAGCAGCGGAAUUGGAGCAGCCAGGAAUGGCAGGAUUCGACGUCAAAAAAUACAAUGGAAGAAUUGGAGAAUACAUGGCGACCGUGAGGGAGAAACUGCUCCCACAUUAUGACGAGAUUCACUCAAUGUGCCAUAAAAUUCAGCAAAAGGCUCUGGCCAAAGCUUAAACUGCGCUUGGAAAUCUAUGUAUGUUCAGAAUAAUUAGUACAAAUAUUUCUGUAUGAGUAUGUAUAUUUUGUGACUUAUUUUAAAAUCAUGAAUAAUUUAUGUACGCACAUAUGCACGUAUCAGGCCGUGUUCCAAAUUAACUUGUUAUACACGUGCUUAGGUUGUGUAUUAGAUGGAAUUACAAUUUAUGCAGGGGUUGUGUACAUAUAUGCAACUUGAAAUAACUUGAAAUUUUCAUAGUUGUAUCCUUAGAGUUUUUCGUUUUGUUGAAACUGGACAACUAUUACUAGAUAAGUUGUUACAGCACUCAGGAUCUAAAAACAAAUAUGUGCAUAUUUUCAUUUCUGAUUUAAUUUACUCCAGAAUAAAUCAUUCUUAAAGUUAAGAAAU